AUGAAGCUCUUUUUAAUAAACACAUACAGUAAUCAAUUAUCUAGUAGCCUCUUAAAGAGAUCAUAUGUGGCAAAAAAAGUAAACGAUGCUCAGCCAAAGAAACCCAUUGAUUCUAGAAGAGUAUUCAAAAUAUACAGAUUUGGAGGAGUUUUAAGUGAUGAGAAACCUAAAUUAGUGAGUUAUGAUCUUGACAUCAACAAGUGUGGCCGGAUGGUUUUAGAUGCCCUUAUUAAGAUUAAAGAUAUGGACCCGACUCUUGUGUUUCGGCGUUCUUGCCGGGAGGGUAUCUGUGGCUCUUGUGCUGUCAAUGUGCAAGGGAAGAAUUGUCUCGCCUGCAUUACAGCGAUUCCACCAAACCGAGUAAUAACAAUUCACCCGAUCCCUCACAUGUAUGUCAUCAGAGAUCUCGUGGUGGAUAUGACUCAUUUUUUUGACGUUUACAACAGCAUUCGGCCGUAUCUUAUCCGACAAGCUUCAGGACCUAUGGGUAAACAUCAAUAUGCACAAAGUAUUAACGACCAUUCAAAAUUAGUAGGUUUAUAUGAAUGCGUUCUUUGUUCUUGUUGUGCGACGGCUUGUCCCAGUUACUGGUGGAACGGGCGCAGGUUUAUGGGUCCAGCGACCUUGCUUCAUGCUUAUAGGUGGGUGAUAGAUUCCCGCGACGAAGAUACUGAGCAGAGAUUACAUGAAUUACGAGAUGAUUUUAAAGCUUUUCGUUGUCAUACAAUUUUAAACUGCACUUUGGCUUGUCCCAAGGGCUUACAUCCAGGUUUAUAUAUUGCUAAACUCAAAAGAUUAAUAUCCGGUCUGGAUAAAAAACCGCUUCCGGAAAUAGAUACGAUGAAAUUUUCAGAUUCAAAUUCGGGGUCCAAUUGC